GAAUAAAAUGGCUACCAACGUGGAGCGAAUUGAUGGCCGCGUUGGUUCUUUGCAUUCAGAUGUUGUGGUACUCAAACAACCCAUUUCACCAGUCGAUCAGACCCAUCAGAACAACCCGCUUUUAGGACUACCUAUCGUGGCCAUUGAGGCAAUUCUCAAUUUGUUGUCUUACGAUGAAAUCAGUUUGCUGCGCUCGGUUUGUAAGCGAAUGGAUAUGAUCUGCCAGCGUGUUCUUAAUCAGGGCUUCCUUAAGGUGGAGCGUUAUCACAGUAUAUGUCAGAGGCAAGUCAAAGCUCAACUUCCCAGACGAGAGUCCGAACGGAGAAACCAUUCACUGGCUCGUCAUGCUGACAUACUCGCUGCUGUGGAGACGCGCCUUUCUCUCCUUAACAUGACGUUCAUGAAAUAUGUUGACUCCAACCUCUGCUGCUUCAUCCCUGGAAAGGUCAUCGAUGAGAUCUACCGUGUGCUCCGAUAUGUGAAUUCGACUCGUGCUCCGCAGCGAGCUCAUGAGGUUCUGCAAGAGUUGAGGGACAUCUCCUCCAUGGCAAUGGAGUAUUUUGAUGAGAAGAUUGUUCCAAUUCUGAAAAAGAAGCUGCCUGGAGCAGACUUGUCUGGGCGCCUCAUUGGUUCUACUCCUGUGGCAGGUCCAUCUAGUUCUCUAACCACCAUGUCCUUGCUGGCCAAGAACGCACCAUCACGCUCUGAGAUGACCAAGGUGCAGCAGCAAGUGAAGGUCAACGGGGCGUCUGUGACAGUUUUGCGGCGGGAGAUGCAAGAAAUACGUGUCAAGCAGUUGGAACAGCAGAAGCAGCUGCAGGACCAAGAGCAGAAGCUGCUUGAACAGACACAAGUUAUUGGUGAACAGAAUGCCCGCCUUGCCGAGCUGGAACACAAACUCCGUGAGCUAAUGGACAGUAAUGCCAUGGGAGGAUCCACAUCCAGAACACCUGUACCCUCCUCAUCCAACAAUGAUGCUGUGUCACCCGCUGCCUCCAGUCUUCCUACCUUAGGGUUGCCAAGUGAAAGGGCAGGAAUCUCCUCUGCAGCCAGAGAACUCGUUUGUGAGGGAGAGACAUCCCUGAAACGCACCAGAAAAAACUUGGACUUUUUACGAAAGUCAAAACGUUUGUGUAGCAAGAAAUGAGACUGUGUGCAUUUUAAUUUUUGGUUUUGAGAUCAGAUCACAUAUUCCUCAUCUAUGUUUGAUUUCUUUCUCAGUGUUAUGGUUUCAUGGUGGUUAGAAAAUGUAGUUAUUCAUUCAGUUCUUAAUUCAUGACUCAUCUAACCUUCAAUGACAAGCUAUAGAAAGAAUGUCAUGUCUAUUAUGUGUCUAAAACAUCACAGUUAAAUUCAAGUUCAUUUAUAAAUGACUGAAUAUUGGGGGGAGAAUAAAAUAAUUUUGGCUCAAUCCCUAAUCUGGAGAACGUUGUGUUUGGGGCAGAAUGGGUGAAGGCCAGCAACUAUCGUGUGUUACAGUGUGCAGUGUUACCUCACCUAUGAACAUUUUAACUCAGGAGUAUAAACAAGCAAGGAAACAUAGUGAAUUAA